AAUUCUUUUUCAAAUUUUCACCAUUACCAACUCUUCCGACUUCACUCCCGCCGCCGCCGCCGCCGGAAACAGAGAGAAAUGACGGCAUUUGGUGCAGUGAUUUCUCUGAGGAAUACAAUUGAUUUCAUUCUCCAUUCUUCUCAUUUCAGCCUCAUUGAGCCCUCGCCACAUAUCAUACAACUCGUCUACGAGGAGUUGGAUCCAUUGCAAGAAAUUCUGUACACGUUGGACGACACAAGCAAAAGCAAGAGCAGGAAGAAGGUGAAUGCUUUGGAUGGAAGAAUCAAAGAUUUGAUUUGGGAAUUUGAAGACUUAUUGGUAUACCUUCUCCACCAACAGAUUCAUUCAAAAUUUCAUGCAGUCCAAAUAGAUGAAGAAAUGAAAGAGAGAGUAUGGGAAUUCCAACGCUCAAUGGGAUUCCAAGGCUUAAUGGAAUCCCUUCCCUCACAACCCAAAGGAAGUAAAAACACUCCCAGAUUCUACAUUGAUCUGCAAUUCCUACAACACGAUGUUUCUUCCUUCAUCGAGAGGCUCGAGGAUUUGGAGGAGGAAUACAUUUAUGAAGUAGACAAUAUGCCUGAAGAUGAAGAUGAAGAUGACGACGAUCAAUCUAUUUCCACAAGAAGUGGGACCAAGUCAAAGAUGAUUGGAUUAUCGGAUCAAUUCCAACAACUCAAGCAGAUUCUUGUGGAUAGGAAAAUGGAAAGUUAUGACAAGAAGAAAUGUGUAGUACUUGUAGGAACUGCAGGCGUUGGGAAGACUGCUCUUGCUGAGGCAGUUUUUGAAGAUCCUGAAGUCAUGAGCCGUUUUGAGCAUCGCGUGUGGGUCAGAGUAGGUAGAAAAUCUCAAUUCGAUCAUGUUUCACGAGCCAUUCUAGCUGAAAUGUUUGGAAUCGUGCAAGGAGAUGACGAAUUAGGUGCCUACUUGGAAGAAAGAUUGGAGGGCAAGGAAUGCCUCAUUGUGCUCGAUGAUGUGUGGGAACAAGAGAUAGUGGAUUCCUUGAAAAGAUCCUUAAGUAAUGGAUUAGUUCAUAUCUUGGUGACUACUCGAGACCGAACCAUAACUCUCCUAACGAGUUAUCCUCGUUCUGUAAUAUUGGUGAGGUUUUUGAAUGAAGAAGAAAGUAAGGAGCUACUGUGCGAGAAGGUGUUUGGUGAAAAGGAUUGCCCUUUUCAACUUGACAAAGCCGCUGGGAAAAUUGCCAAGAAAUGUGAAGGUCUUCCUCUCAUGAUAGUCACGGUGGCUGACAUUCUAUUAGAAUCCCAUGAUACAGACCCAAAAUACUGGGAAGAUGUAGCAGAAAUGCGAAAUUCAGUCUUCACGGAUGCAUAUAAUGCGAUAUCAAAGGUACUUUUCCCAAGUUAUGACUACUUACCUCAACAUCUUAAAAUGCCUUUUCUGUAUAUGGGAGUCUUACCUCCAGACUAUGACAUCCCCAAGUCCAAGCUCAUGAAUAUGUUGGCUACUGAGGGUUGGUUUUAUAAGAAAAACAAAAUGCGAUCUUUGGAGGAAUCUUUUUGGCUAUGUUUGGACCAGCUUUGUGCGAAUAGGAGUCUUGUUUUAUUCAACCAAAGGAGUGCCAUUUAUGGGGCCUUACACUGCAACUUUAAAACUUGCCGCCUUCUUUCCUCGUGGCGGCACUUGUGUAGAGGAGAGGCUCGGAAGAACAAGUUUUAUUGUAUCUUGAAAAAGCUUGUUGAUGGCUUCGAAGAUGAUUUAGAAGGUCAGCGUUGCUUGUGUCUUGAAAAUAACCUUUUAUUUGGCAUCAAAGAAUUUUCCAACUCUGUGAGAUCGAAUUGUGCAUCCUCUACGCAUUCUCUCCUUUUUUUUGGUCCAUACCUUCAAUAUCCAAUCCCAAUAGGUGAUGAUUUUGAGUUCCUUGGUAAACUAGAUGCUCUUAAUCUACGUUUGUACACUUUCCCAACAGAGAUACUGACACUAGUCCUACUAAAGUACCUUGCUCUGACUUGCAACGGAGAACUCCCUCCAACCAUAUCCAAACUUUUCAACCUUCGAGUCUUGAUUAUCCAUCCGCAUAACAACAUUAGAAUUUGUAGAGCUCCAUCGUAUGUACCAAUAGAAAUAUGGGAUAUGCAAGAGUUAGAGCAUAUUGAGAUUUUGGGGAAGAGCUUUGUAGCUCCAUGUCAUUCUGCUUCUUUGGAAAAGCUCUCAACUCUUGUAGGUGUGAAUGCUAGCAUUUGUACUAUCUUGGAACUCUCCCGAAAAGUUCCUUGUAUAAAGACAUUAGGAGUUCAGAUCGAGCUAACGCCUUAUGAUGAUUGCAGUGACCUUUUAAGUUGCUUUGAUUGUGUUUCAACAAUUGAAAAUUUGGAGACACUGAAAUGUAGCAUCGUAAAUCCUUUGAUUAAGUAUGAUCAUGCUUUUCCUAGUUCAUUGAAGUUGCUACGUUGGUUGGGAAAGCUACAUUUGAGUGGCAUGGGAUUUUCUUGGGAAUACAUGGAUGUAAUUGGCUCUUUGCCAUAUCUUGAAGUGCUCAAAUUGCGAGCCUACGCCUUCCGGGGUCCCAAGUGGGAAGCGCGAGAGGAAAGUUUUUUGAGACUUUUGUUUCUUCUAAUUGAAGACAGUGAUUUGGUGCAAUGGAAACCAAGAUCUGUGAGCUUCCCUGAGCUUAGUCACCUAAGCAUGAAACAUUGCUACAAACUAGAAGAGUUCCACUGGUUGUCUCAUCAUGAGUCCGGAACGAUUGAACUAUUAAACUGCAAUCCUGUAGCUUUGACUUGUGCGAUGCAAUUACAACCGAAUCCAGAUACCGUCGUUGAUGUUACUGCUACUUCUUCAUUUGACGAGAAACCCGUUACUAUCAAGUUUACAAGGCGUGGUGUGAAGACUGAGGAUAUAUAACACAGUCGGAAAGGUGAGACAUUUGAAUUUAAGAAGUCUGACUUACUUCGGAUUUUGUUGAGGAUUAUAAGCUAACUGGAUUUUGUGUGAAGCAUAAUUUUCACUUUGUUUUGAUAGCAAAUGUCAUCAUUAGGUUUGAAUCAAGUACCAUUUAUAGCAUCCAUCAACAUGAAGUUUUUUCAUAAGAUGAGAUUAUAUAUAGUCGAACUGUUUGUCUCAGCAUAGUAGCUGUUAGGUUCAGCUUUGAGUAUGAAUUGAAAGGUUGUGUUAUGUUUUUGUAACAUCCCACAUUUUAUAAGUUUCUAAGUUCACAAAUUUUGUUUUGUAUUUAUGGGGAUUAUAGGAAACCAAAAUUGCGCCUAGA